AUGUUAUUCCUUAAGUUUUUACUGCUUUUAUUAUUUAGGGCGAAAUACCUUUGUUCACUUAAAAUACACACACACCUCUUGCCAAAACUAUUUUUAAACAGUUCAGUUAAUUUUCAAAUCAGUAGUAAUAAAAGCGUUUACAAAAAUAAAAGGGAUUUUUCGUUAUAUGGUGUCCCAAAGAAAAAAAGUUCACAUAGAAGAACAAGAAGAAGAAAAGUAGCAUGGAUGAAGAAAAACCCAGCAAAAUUAUACAGAACAAGCUCCUACGACAUGGAUGAAAUAAUGAGAUACACUGACAGAAAAUUGACAGCACAUUAUACAACCAGAGACAGUUGGCUAAACCUACCAUCAACAACCCUAAUUAAUGAUUUUUUUUUGUUUAGAGAAAUAAGAAGCUAA